AUGUCUCGAUGGCAGGGACUCUUCGGUCUCUCUGCCGAUGAAGCCGUGGAUCGCAUCAUGGAUCACCGGAACGACCUGAUCCGUAGUCGAGUCUCCGACGACCACUGGAGCACUGUUCGAGAAGAGAAAGAGGCACUGGGCUACGAUCGUGAAGCCUACGAGUACGAGAUUGCUCUGCAGAAGAAGAAAGCUACACUGCCAGGCUCGGUACCCACAGCGAAUGAGGAGUCUGACAACACAAUCACGUAUUUGGUCGAAUUGACCGGUCUGCUUGACACUGUCGACAAGGCCAAGAUCCAUUCCCAUCCGCUCGGCUCGAAUGCGAUCCCGGAGAAUGGCCAAUACUACAAUGCAGCAAACAUCAGUUCCCGUGCAGAGCCGGCUACUGGGGCCUCGAGCUCGCAGCUAGGCACUCAAGGCGCCAGCUCAAGCUCAGAGCGCCAAAUACAUAUUGCCAAUGGCAGGAAGAUUUUGCAAGCAAUGCAAAGCACCACCGGAGAACAGUCCAAGUAUACUAACUGGGACGACCUGAAGAGCUGGGGCUGGGAGGAGUACCUCGAGAUUGGGGACGAUUGCGACCUCGAUAGUUUCGAGCUGCCACCACAAAUGUACAGCGAUCUUGGCAUUUCAUCCGCGGAGUCCAACUGGAAGCACAUCGAGCUGCAGCAUUUGGAUGAUGUGACCAGAGACGGCAAGCAUUACGGCGCCACCAGAGGCGUCUAUGACACUUGGAUCAAUGCCAAGGAUGGAGUCAUUCUCACUGGUAACAUCUGGGGCCCCAGAGCUUAUAAUGAGGUCAGUGCGAAGAAUGGCUGGCCUGUUGCAGAAAACCUCCCGGACUUGCAGCACUGGUCUGACGUCCUUUUCUUAGUCUGGGACAAAUAUGCCAAGGGCCAUGAGAUCAAACAUGUGCUCGUUGUGGACAUCUACAACAAACAAACGAGAGGUUCCAUUAUGGCUGUUCCUGAGAGUCUGGACUCGAGCGGCAUCGAAGCGUUCCCGCACGAUUGGCCUGCGAUUGCUUACAAUACUCGCCUCGACAGCGGUUUGGUAUUGCUUGAUACUCCUAUCGCGAAGGGUGUUGCUCGAUUCUUGACGGAGCACAAGCAGCAGCUUGGUGUUCGGAGUAUUGACUCCGUCCGACCAUUUUCGAGUGAGAAAGAAGAUCAAGCCGAGGUCAACCUUUACUUUCGGAUUGCGCCAGUAUCGGCAGUGAGAAGCAGAAGCGAGACUUCUUCCACCCAUGGAAACCAGUCCGAGGGCACGAGUCACAAUGCAGACGUGCAUGACGGCAAAUCUGUCCUGCAGCGGCGCUUCCCUCCUACCAUGGUUCAGCCAGCCAGCGAUCAAGACGCUGUAGCAGCUCAGCAACGCGGCUCACAACUGGUUGACUACAUGCUUGGAGACGCCGAAGAGUACCAAGAUGAAGGUGAGCAGGCCAGCUUUGCGCCUGUGGCCUUGGCUGAGUCUGGCUGGGUGAGGCAAAGCACGCCGGCCGCAGGAAUGAGGCAAGACCUGCAGUCAUACGCCAACAUUCUCAAUGGGCUCACUAGUGUUUCUGACGCUAAGACUGGCUCUUUGAGAUUUGGUUCUAGUCGUAGUCGUGGCCAAUUCCCAACAUUUCUGGGCCUGAUGAACAGACAGCGAGAUCAAGAUCCUGUGCAUCUUGCGAAUGCCGAGAGGAUAUCAUGGGAACAGAAAUUGCCGUAUACUCCAGAGUGUGAUAUUAAUGGCCAGCAAAGUCCAACUAUGGGUAUCUACAACUCCAUAUACGAUGUCGAAAAUCGGGUCAUGAUCAUUGAGGAGGCGAGCAGCCCUGCUGCUCAAAAGCCAGACAGAGACGAGGAUAACUUGCCUGACCUGAGGGAUUGGUCAGAUGUUGCAUUCCUGGAGCUGCUCAGGCAAUCUUAUGUCCCUGGAACAGGCAGAAGAGCUGAACUGAGGCCUCCCCGGUGGAUCCUACACCCUGCAGUCUCGUCGCCGCUGCGUACCUUGAGUUUGAUCAGUUACUGUCUGAGACGAGCCGGAACACAGCAUGUUCUGCCAUGGCCAGGCACAACCUUUCCCCUUGGCACUCGAUGCUUCGACAUGCUUCUAGCCACUGAGAUGGGCGAGCAAUUAUCUCUCUUCUUCAUCACGCACAAGGACCGAUUCAACAGGCGGGGCAGAGUUGUCUUGUCUUCCGUCACCGUAUUCCUUCGGGAAGGUGAUGUCGAAGGAGAAUCCGGCAUCGAACAGCCAACUCUUCUGUGGAACGUCAUGCCUAAUCGCCAACAGGCUGUCGUGAUGCGCAAUGCCAACCGGCAGGCCGACAUUGCGAACACCCCUCUACCAUACUUACUCCUCCCGAUGACCAAACCCCAUCAGAACCGGGAACCCAACAUCAUCGCAAACGUCGAAUGGGUUGAUCCUGCAUUGACAGGAUCUCAGCGAGCCACUGCACUCAGAGCCUUGGAUAAUCCUCAGUACGACGGCUCACGACUUUCUCGUCGUCCAUCAGCUCAGUCCCCGCAGGCUCCUCAGUCCCCCCAAGCUCCGCAGGCUCCGCAACGUCCAGCGCAACCCGGUCCUCCUAACCGUCAGCCCGGACCUUCCAACCCUCAGCCUCAGUUGAGCGCUGCGCAGAUCCUAGCGCAGCAGACUCAGAAUGCUUAUUACCGACUCAGGAACCAAGGACGUACUCGAGAUCAAGCUAUACAGGCUCUGAUGAACAGUCUCGCGCAAAAGUAUCCAAACAUGAGUCAGACGCGGCUACGGGAAUCUGUUCAUAAUAGUUUGUUGUAUCCGUUGCCGAAUCAGCCGGCUUCGAAUCAAUGA